CCAACCGCUCUCGGCUCCGAAUCCUCCUCUGACAGUCCGAUUUCUGUAGGUUUCGAUCGAAAUUGCUGGUCGCUCGUCUCGUCUCUGGUCUUUGCCUCGCUCGGAUCGAUCCGUCUCGCCGUCUUCCCGUUCUUCUGCUCUUAGGGUUUUGAGGUGGAGUCAGGGGCAAGACAAUGUCGUCUCUCAGCAGAGAGCUGGUGUUUCUGAUUCUGCAGUUCCUCGAUGAAGAGAAGUUCAAAGAAACAGUUCACAAGCUUGAGCAGGAGGCUGGCUUCUAUUUCAAUAUGAAGUAUUUUGAGGAUGAGGUGCAUAACGGGAAUUGGGAUAACGUCGAGCGGUACCUCUCUGGCUUCACCAAGGUUGAUGACAACCGGUACUCCAUGAAGAUAUUUUUCGAAAUAAGGAAGCAGAAGUAUCUUGAAGCAUUGGACAAGCAUGACCGAGCAAAAGCAGUUGAAAUCCUUGUCAAGGAUUUGAAGGUCUUUGCCUCAUUUAAUGAGGAGCUAUUUAAGGAAAUCACACAACUUCUAACUUUGGAGAAUUUCAGGGAGAAUGAGCAACUCUCAAAGUAUGGGGAUACAAAAUCAGCACGGACCAUAAUGCUUGUUGAGCUCAAGAAGCUGAUUGAAGCAAACCCUCUAUUCCGAGAUAAAUUACAGUUUCCAAACCUAAAAAGUUCUAGACUACGUACCCUAAUUAACCAAAGUUUAAACUGGCAGCAUCAGCUAUGCAAAAACCCUAGGCCAAAUCCAGAUAUUAAAACUCUUUUUGUUGAUCAUUCAUGCGGACAACCAAAUGGUGCUCUUGCUCCAUCACCGGCAAACAAUCCACUACUUGGAUCCAUGCCCAAAGCAGGAGGUUUUCCACCGUUGGGUACUCAUGCGCCUUUUCAACCAGUGCCAGCACCAGUUCCUACACCCCUGGCUGGCUGGAUGUCUAAUCCUUCAGCUGUAACCCAUCCAGUUGUCUCUGGUGCAGCUAUUGGACUCAAUGCACCUACAAAUCCUGUGGCAAUUUUGAAGCAUCCAAGGACUCCUCCAACAGCCAACCCUUCUAUAGAGUAUUCAUCAGCAGAUUCUGACCAUGUAUCAAAAAGAACAAGACCCAUUGGAAUUUCUGAUGAGGUAAAUCUGCCUGUAAAUAUACUGCCAGUUUCUUAUCCUCAGAAUCAUAACCAGGCUACAUACACUAUAGAGGACUUGCCAAAAACAGUUGCACGAACGCUGAGUCAGGGCUCGAACCCCAUGAGCAUGGAUUUUCAUCCAUUACAACGGACUAUUCUUCUCGUUGGUACAAAUGUGGGAGACAUUGCUUUAUGGGAUGUUGGCACUAGGGAGAGAUUAAUUCAUAAGAACUUCAAAGUUUGGGAGCUUGGAACUUGCUCCAUGUCUCUUCAGGCAUCUCUGGUUAAGGAUCCUGCUGUAUCAGUUAAUCGAAUAAUAUGGAACCCAGAUGGCUCCUUGUUUGGUGUUGCUUAUUCGAGGCACAUUGUCCAAAUAUACUCUUAUCAUGGUAGUGAUGAUAUCAGGCAGCAUUUGGAGAUUGAUGCUCAUGUUGGCGGUGUUAAUGAUAUUGCAUUUGCUCAUCCCAGUAAGCAGCUUUCUUUUAUAACUUGUGGAGAUGACAAGACAAUUAAGGUGUGGGAUGCAACUAGCGGCACAAAACAGUAUACCUUUGAAGGGCAUGGGGCACCUGUGUAUUCUGUUUGCCCUCAUCACAAGGAGAACAUUCAGUUCAUCUUUUCAACCGCACUAGAUGGAAAAAUAAAGGCAUGGUUGUAUGACAAUCUGGGAUCCAGGGUGGAUUAUGAUGCCCCAGGACAUUGGUGUACUACAAUGGCCUAUAGUGCUGAUGGUUCGAGGCUGUUUUCAUGUGGGACUAGUAAAGAAGGGGAAACAUUCAUAGUGGAAUGGAAUGAAACUGAAGGAGCUGUGAAGAGAACAUACCAAGGAUUUCGAAAACGUUCUUUGGGUGUUGUGCAAUUUGACACCACACGGAACCGGUUUUUGGCUGCUGGAGACGAGUUUUUAAUCAAGUUCUGGGAUAUGGAUAAUACUAAUUUAUUAACAACCAUUGAUGCUGAUGGUGGCCUUCCAGCAAGCCCAAGGAUACGGUUUAACAAGGAAGGAACAUUAUUAGCUGUUUCUACACAUGAUAAUGGAAUUAAAAUUUUGGCAAAUGCUGAUGGAAUUCGUCUGUUGCGCACACUUGAAAAUCGUUCUUUUGAUGCGUCUAGGACUGUUUCAGAGACUAUAACAAAGCCUAUGAUGAGCCCAUUGUCUGCUGCUGCUGUUGCAACUACCUCUGGAAUAACUGAUAGAACUGCUCCAUCUAUGCCAAUAUCUGGAAUGAAUGGAGAUGGCAGAAACUUGGUGGAUGUAAAACCUAGAAUUACUGAUGAAUCGAUGGACAAAUCAAAGAUCUGGAAGCUUACAGAAAUCAAUGAACCAACUCAAUGUCGGUCUUUAAGGCUUAUGGAUAAUCUUAGAACAAGCAAGAUUUCGAGACUGAUCUACACCAAUUCUGGUGCUGCCAUUUUGGCUUUAGCAUCAAACGCAAUUCACCUACUCUGGAAGUGGCCUCGUAAUGAACGCAAUUCAAGUGGAAAGGCAACGGCAAGUGUUGCCCCUCAAUUAUGGCAACCACCAAGUGGCAUAUUGAUGACUAAUGAAAUUACUGACACAAAUCCUGAUGAAGUUGUCCACUGCUUUGCAUUGUCAAAGAAUGAUUCAUACGUCGUGUCAGCAUCAGGAGGGAAAAUAUCUCUAUUCAACAUGAUGACUUUUAAGACUAUGACAACAUUCAUGCCACCACCACCUACAGCAACUUUUCUCGCAUUUCAUCCACUAGACAACAAUAUAAUUGCUAUAGGAAUGGAUGACUCUACAAUUCAGAUAUAUAAUGUUCGAGUUGAUGAGGUCAAGAGAAAACUUAGAGGCCACUCGAAGAGAAUUACUGGUCUUGCCUUUUCGAAUGCCUUACAUGUGCUGGUCUCAUCUGGAGCUGAUGCUCAGUUGUGUGUUUGGGGAACUGAGGGGUGGGAGAAACAGAGAAGCAGAUUUCUGCAGAUCCAAUCUGCUCGCACUCCAUCAACCAUCUCAGACACACGUGUUCAGUUCGAUCAAGAUCAAAUACACUUCCUAGCUGUGCAUGAGACCCAGAUUGCUAUAUAUGAAACUACUAAACUAGAAUGUGUCAAGCAGUGGUCUCCUCGUGAAGGUUCUGCGCCCAUAUCACAUGCAACAUUCUCUUGUGACAGUCAGUCGAUAUAUGCUAGUUUCUUAGAUGCCACUGUAUGUAUAUUUAAUGCUGCAAACCUCAAGUUGCGUUGUCGGAUCCUUCCGGCUGCAUAUCUCCCUGCCAGUGUCAGCACAAAUGUACAUCCGCUCGUGAUUGCUGCACAUCCAUCAGAGCCAAACCAAUUUGCCCUUGGUUUGACUGAUGGUGGUGUCCAUGUGGUAAAGCCACUAGAAUCUGAAGGCAAAUGGGGUGUUAAUCCACCUGCUGAGAAUGGGUCGGCAAGCAGCUUGUCCGCGCCGCCCACCACCGCUGGACCCUCUAGCUCAGAUCAACCUCAGAGGUGAUGCAAAUUAUUGCGAGCACAUUAUUAGACCUUUUUGUUCUCAUUCUCUCUCUCUCUCUCUCUCUCUCUUGAGUGGCUAAGGUAGGCAGUUCUUAACAGUCAGUAAUGACCCGUUUCAAACUUUUAAAUGAGUCAGUCCUAUUAUUUUUCACCUGCAUUUGCAGUCAGGGCAUGUAAUCUCAUGGAGUUGUAGUUGGCUAAAUCCUACAAAAUAGCAUGUAAUCCUAUUAAUUUUUUUUUAUACGCGUUGUUUAUGUAUGCUGUAAAAGAAAUAUUACAUGGUAGAAUUAGAUAUGCUUAUUUGUUGGGA